AAAAGGAGUUAAAAAGGAAAAAAGAAAAAGACAGCGGUCAUCACAAGAGGAAGCCAAAAAAACAGACAGACGUUGAUAAAAGCAUCACCAGUCUCUGAAGUUUCGUUAUUUUGUUUUUGCUUCUUUUCCUCAGUUUUCCGUUUGUUUCUUUGAAGAAAUUCUCAGGCUUUCGAUUCAUUAUAAUCUCAGAACCACUCACCCUGAGACCCAAACUCAUUUUCUUGACAAUGGGUUUGUUGGAUUCCUUCCUCACUUGGCUCCGGAGCUUAUUCUUUAAACAGGAAAUGGAACUUUCACUAGUAGGGCUUCAGAAUGCAGGAAAGACGUCUCUUUUAAAUGCCAUUGCUACAGGUGGCUACAGUGAGGACAUGAUUCCAACCGUUGGAUUCAACAUGCGAAAAGUAACCAAGGGAAACGUGACAAUUAAGGUUUGGGACCUUGGAGGGCAACGGAGGUUCCGUACAAUGUGGGAGCGUUACUGUCGUGGUGUCUCUGUAAUUGUGUAUGUAGUUGAUGCUGCUGACAGAGACAGUGUUCCAAUAUCUCGAAGUGAGCUACAUGACCUCUUGAUGAAACCUUCCUUAAGUGGGAUUCCUUUACUUGUUCUUGGCAACAAAAUCGACAAGUCUGAGGCUCUUUCCAAGCAAGCAUUGGUUGAUCAACUAGGCCUAGAUUCAAUUACGGACAAGGAGGUCUGCUGCUAUAUGAUCUCAUGCAAGGAUUCCAUAAAUAUAGAUGUUGUCAUUGAUUGGCUUAUCAAACACUCCAAAACAGCAACCUGAUCCAUGAAUCGAUCAAUUACAGAGUGUUUGAUCAAACAAAGUUCAACACGAGCUGAAAAGGUGAAUUGAUGAAAACAACCACUGUUGAGACUCUGUAACUAGUAGGAUUUCGCUAUUCGCCUGAUAGAAUUAUCUGUACAGUACUUAUAUAGCCGGCAAGCAAGUCUGUCAUGCUUUGGUUGUUAUAAAUUGCCUUGUUCGUUUGAAAUGAUUUCGAUUUUCAAAUGAAGGAUCCUAAAUUAGAAGCACCAUUUUUGUGAGAUAAAUAUAUUGUGAAUUACUAUU